UCCAAACGAAUUCUUGUAAAGUCAUGGCAAAAAAAUGAUGCGAAAAUUGCUCGUGCGCUCUUUAAUAGGUGUCAUCGACAUCUUAUGUGGCCAAAUACUCUGUCCUCUGGAUGCAACCAGGAGAGCGGGGAGUUAGGUUUCCCUGCUACUGCGUUUGCUAGCACUGCAACACCAGGUUCCAUGGGCCCGUACCACUUAAAAGCACCGUACGCUGUCAACAGCAUUGGCUUGGCCAUGGACUCGUUACAAACAUCCAUGGGCUGCUAUCCUGCAGGUCAGAACUACCACCACUCUACCACUCUGUCCUUAUUCAAUCACCUGGGUAAUCCUAGGAAACAAAGGAGAGAACGUACGACGUUUACAAGGACACAACUGGACGUUUUAGAAACGUUAUUCGCCAAAACCAGAUAUCCAGACAUAUUUAUGAGAGAAGAAGUAGCACUGAAAAUUAACUUGCCGGAAUCCAGAGUACAAGUUUGGUUUAAAAACCGGAGAGCCAAAUGCCGCCAGCAGGUGAAGCAAAAUCAACAACAACACCAAAAUGGAACGGAAAAGACUUCAUCGAGAAAUUCCGGUAGUCACCACCAGCAGUCAGGCGGUGGAAACGGAUCGUCUGGUCUAAAAUCAUCAAAGUCUAUCAAUAACGGUCCACCAGCCGGUAAUGGUGGGGUGGUGUCGUCUACAGUCAACAAGAUGUCACCAUCUAACGUGUUGUCUAACAACGGCGUAGUUAAUGGAGCCGGCGGCGGUGGUGCUGGUGGUAGUGUUGGCGGUGAUAUCUCCAUCAUUACUAGUUCAGCUGAUAACUCGCCGGUAACGGGUACAUCGCUGACCACGACGCCACUUCACCGAGAAUCGCCCGGUUGCACUUACAUCAAACCUAUAUUGAGUGGUACCCCGCCCAUAUCUUCUGUUUAUUCAAGUUCCGGAGGAAAUACACCGGGAUCGAUUUGGAGUCCUGCUAUUACUGAACCGUGUUUGGACCUGCACCAUAGGUCACCAGCGGGUUCAGUUAGUGGUUACUCGACUAAUGGUAGUGGUGGAAGUAUUAACAGUACGGGCAGUAAUUGUUAUUCUUCUGGUGCGCCGGCGCCCCACCACCAUCAUCAUCAUCAACACCAUCAUCCUUCAGCGCACCAUCACACGCAUCAUCAAAACUACGGCGGAUAUUAUUCAAAUAUGGACUAUUUAACACCAGCUAUGUCUCACCAAACUUCUGAAAAUGGUUCAGAACCAGGUUGGGUAAAGAGAGAAGAUCCAUCAUGGUUUUACAAUUCAGGUGGAUGGGAAAGAAAAUAAAAAUGCCACUGAAUAUAGACAACUCCUUAAAUAAAAUCUGAUACUAAAUGAUUUUUGAUGGCCGACGUAUGUUGAAGGAUUAUUUGAAAUAAUAGCAGUUACAAUAAUUUAAGACUAACAAAUUGUUAUUUCGACUAUUAUUGUUUACAUUUUGCGAAAAAUCUUAGUGAUCUCUAUGUAAGAUAAAUUCAAUGUAAAACUAAUAUUGCUUUAGUACAUACCUUUGUUUUCACCUUUUGAUUAAUGUUACUAUUACUCCUAAAAAUAUUUUUAAAAAGUAACAGAAAUACUUAAAAAACAAGUGAAAAAAUAAUUCAAAACUUUUGAAGUUAAUUUUAUUUUUAUUGCUAUCAGCGAUUUUGAAUUGGAUUAUUGUAAAUAUUCCGUUAUCUAAAUUUAUUUGUAUGCAUUUAUUGUACAUAAUACUUUAAACGGAUUAUAUUUUUGAAAAAGCAAGAUUAUUAACGUCUUAUGAAUAUUUACGUCGAACAUUGGUAAAAGUUGUAUGAAUAUAAAAAAAUUUAGUAAAAUAAUAUGAUUGUUAUUACGAAUUGUGUGUAUUCUGUUCUGAGAAUGUGUAUAAUAAUUUGCAUACUCUUACCCCGUGAUUUAAAUGUGAAUAAAGUUGUAAUGUAUUUGUAUCUAAUUUUUUGGUUGUAAAACAUUAAUUUACGUUUCUUACUUGAAAAUUGAAUGCAUUUUACUGCAAAAAAGAAUUCUAGUAUUAUUUAUAUGAACUGUAACUAUGAUAAUAUUAUAAUAAUACUAAUUUAUAUUGAAAUGAUUAGUUGAUAAGUGUACAUUAAUUUCUAGUUAAUUUGUAAGUUUUUAAUUUGAUUUAUUUACUAUUGAGUAGAUCUUUUUGUUUAAAAACGUACUGUGUUCCAAAACAUCGUUUUCCGAAUAGUUUUAUUAUAACAUACUGUAUUGUACAUUUUAUACAUAUUAUAUAUAUAAAUAUAUACAGAAAAAGAGAAAUCAAUAUAAAAAAUCUUAAGAUAAUGA